CUUUCUGAUGUAAAUGCCUUUCUCCUCCUCACCAGGGUUUCUUUGCGGCUGCCUUCCCUAGAAAUAGAAACAAGAAGGGAACAGCUUCACAAGCCAGCCAAUGCAUAAAUAGCCAGAGUAUUUUGACUGAAGGAGUUCAGGCAAGGAAAGCAACAACUGCUGUAAAAAGGCAGCUGCUGCUUGCAAGUGACAGGGCAAAGCCACAAGGUAUUGAGCAGCGCAUGGCAAGCACUUGGAGAGGCUGACAGUUCAGAGGAGGAGGACAGUCUCUGGCCCGCACAAGUCUCUCCAAAUAUAAAAGCUGAGGGGAUACAGAGGGAGGGAUCUUCGCAACCACGACUGAGCUGGGCAUCAUCAUGUCAGACCCAUUGUGGAGGAACUUUUUACUACGGUGAAGACAGCGGUCAGCAAGGAGUAGGAAAUGGGAAAUUUGCUUCACUGCUCAUUUGCGACUGGGGGACUGGAUGUCUGAACUGUAGUUGAUUGCACCUUGAGAAGAAAACCCCCACGACUCAUGCCAUGAAGGAAGAGAAUUUUCUCCGCCGCAGGUUCUCUCUCUGUCCUGCUUCAUCCACUCCUCAGAAAAUUGACCCUCGCAAGCUGACACGGAAUCUGUUCUUUGGAGCUGACAAUGAGAUCUACCCGCUCAGCCCAGGAAAAGACAUGGAAGGAAAUAGCCCGUCAAUGUUGAAGGAUGAGUCUCCCCAGACACCAAACUCCAUUAGCAAGAAUGAAUAUAAGCUUUGCAAUGGGUCUGAUAAAGAGUGUGUAUCUCCCACAGCCAAAUUCACUAAGAAGGAAACAUUAAAGGUACAGAAGAAGAACUACAGACAGGAAAAGAAAAGAGCCACCAAACAGCUCUUCAGUGCUUUGAAGGAUCCCAGUGUCGUGAUCAUGGCAGAUUGGCUGAAGAUCCGUGGGACUCUGAAAAGCUGGACCAAGCUGUGGUGUGUUCUGAAACCAGGCGUGCUAUUGAUUUACAAAACACCAAAGACUGGGCAGUGGGUAGGCACCAUCCUGCUCCAUUCCUGUGAGCUGAUCGAAAGACCCUCCAAAAAGGACGGCUUCUGUUUUAAACUCUUCCACCCUUUGGAUCAGUCCAUCUGGGCUGUGAAGGGGCCAAAAGGAGAGAAUGUGGGUUCAAUCACUCAGCCUCUACCCAGCAGCUACUUGAUCUUCAGAGCAGCCUCUGAAUCAGAUGGUCGAUGUUGGCUGGAUGCUCUGGAGCUUGCCCUGCGUUGUUCCAGUCUCUUCAGGCUCAGCACCUCCAAACAGGGGAAGGAUGGAGAACUGAACUGCUCAUCUGAUUCCUCGCAUGCUGGCCUAUACAACCUCUUGCACACUGCCACCAUCUCUGACCAGGAGCUCUUCCAUCUUAAUGAGUCAGCCCUGGAAAACCACCAGCAUCUGGAAAAUGACGCUUUUUCUGACAAGUCUGAGAGAGACAACAUAGAGGAGUCUGAGAAUGAGACUCACGAGAACAGCCGGAAGACGAACGAGAGCGAGAGUGACCAGUCUGAGACCCAUGGGGAGGCCUCUCAGGAAAGGAAAGGGACAACCUAUAUCGAACAGAUCUACGAGGAAUUCGGGGAGACCGGUGGAUCCUCCCAAACAGAAACGGUCUCUGAUGAAAACAAGAGUCUGAUGUGGAUUCUGCUGAAGCAGCUGCGCCCUGGCAUGGACUUAUCCCGAGUGGUUUUGCCUACCUUCAUCCUGGAACCACGAUCUUUCCUCAACAAACUUUCUGAUUACUACUACCAUGCUGACCUACUUUCCCAAGCUGUGCUUGAAGAUGAUGCCUACAGUCGAAUCAAGCAGGUUCUGAGAUGGUAUUUGUCAGGCUUCUAUAAGAAGCCAAAGGGAAUAAAAAAGCCAUAUAAUCCCAUUUUGGGAGAGACAUUUCGCUGCUGUUGGUUUCACCCACAGACCAACAGUCACACGUUUUACAUAGCAGAACAGGUUUCUCAUCACCCACCAGUAUCAGCUUUUCAUGUCAGUAAUAGGAAAGAUGGGUUUUGUGUUACUGGCAGCAUACUAGCCAAGUCAAAGUUUUAUGGUAACUCGCUUUCUGCUUUAUUGGAUGGGAAAGCCAAGCUUACAUUCCUAAACAGGAGUGAGGAUUACCUUAUUACUAUGCCAUAUGCCCACUGCAAAGGAAUUUUAUAUGGUACCAUGACAAUGGAGCUUGGAGGGAAAGUUACCAUUGACUGUGAGAAAAGUAACCACAGGGCAGAACUGGAAUUCAAGCUAAAGCCCUUUUUUGGUGGCAGCACAAGCAUUAAUCAAAUCUCUGGGAAGAUUAAAUAUGGAGAAGAAGUGUUAGCAAGCCUCGAUGGACACUGGGAUGGGGAAGUACAUAUAAAUGACCUGAAAAAUGGAAACACAGAAAUAUUUUGGAAUCCAACCAGUGAGGUGCGGAGGCAGAGGCUGAAACGUCACAUUGUACUAUUUGAAGAACAAACUGAGUUUGAAUCAGAGAGGCUUUGGCAGCACGUAACAAGUGCGAUAAACAAGGGAGAUCAGAACAAGGCAACUGAGGAGAAAUUUGUACUGGAAGAGGAGCAAAGGAAAGCAGCCCAGGAGCGGAAGGAGACUUGCAGUGAGUGGAAGCCGCUGCUUUUCCAGCAUGAUGCUGCUACCAAUGAAUGGCACUACAAAUAUGAGGAUUUAAGGCCCUGGGACCCUCUAAAUGACAUUGCCCAGUUUGAGAAGGAUGGGUUACUUCAAACCAUGGAGAGGCACUUGCCCACAAGGAUGUCAUCCCACAAAACCACAGGCAUAAACAACCAAAUUGCACGACACAAGAGGUCUGCAAAAGACUGCAGGCGUCGUAAGGCCAGCGACCAACCGUCCAAUCACAGCCAGAACACUGAGAGCAGCUGUUCAACACCAGAGUCUGUGCAGGAGCUUUCGGAUGAUGAUGGAUUUGAAAGUCCAUGUACUCAGUGUGGGAAGGAAAUGAAUCACUUGAAGGAAAUUCAUACUGCAGUUUUAUCUCUACAGAGAGCCCAACAGGACAUACAUCGAAACCUCGCUGUUCUGAACAAGAAAUCUUUCUACAGGAGGCUCUCUUCUGAAAACCUCCUUCUGGACUCCCGCUGUUGGUUUCUCCUUUGCAUCUUUCUUACAUGUCAACUAUUCAUUAAUUAUGUCUUCAAAUAAAAACACUAUGUUUGGCAGCAAUAAAAAUCACCGGCUGUGGGAGGGGGCCACUCGCGUAAGGAGCCCAUUGAGGCACCAAGCACUUUAGAACCAACACAACAAAGGAGGAAGAGAGAGCAAGGUUAAACAGGGACCUAGGGAACCUGCAGAGUUUUGUUCCUUCAGAUUCUGUAAUUUGCCUUUAUGUGUACAUCUUCAAGGACCUCUUAACCUGUAUGGGCCUUAAUGCUAAAGCCAAAUGUAGCUUUAUUUGUGCAAUUUGUUUUCUAUGUCUUGUCAUUCUCUGAUGCAGUUAAUAAUUACCAAGCAGUAUUGGUGCCCCGAUAAUGGUGUAAACACAGGGUUUUAGAACGGUCCCAUUGGCUUGUUUUAUUGCUCUGAGCACUGGGGAGAAGGGGGCAGGGUUCUGAUUUAUCUUCUUUUUUUUCAGGAUGUCUGGGUGCAUUUAAUUAUUGGGGGGUUGGAAAGCAACAGACAAUAGCCCAGAAAUCCAACUAUGUGGGUAUCAAUGUCACAGUGUCUCCUAGGGUUUUUUAGUUGACACAUGGGAAAUUUGGACCUGAAAAUAUGCUUCACACUCCAUUCCACAAAGGUUGUAAAUAUGCACGAUUUCCUAGAGCUGUUCCUCUUUAGGACAUGGGAGGUGUUUUUAUUAAAGUUCUGUAUUGUAUUACAGAGCUGACAAUGUCCUGAACCAGGCCCAUUGAGUAAAAUGUCGGACAUGCCUGUUUUAUAAGUCCUGGUCACUUUUUUUUUUCAUUUUGCUAUAUGGCUGUUUUUAUAUUAUAACACACUACCAUUAUAUUGAGGAACUCCUCAAAAUUUCUCAUUGCCCCAAAAUAAGUGGAGUGGGUGGGUGGGAGCAAGUAUGUGUGUAACAUUUGUUUGAUCGUAGGCACGUCUAUUGUUAAGGGUCAGGAAGGGUAAGGGUUUUGCCACUGCAUUGUUCAACUCUGUUAAUAGUCUUCCUAUUUUACACCAUUUUUAAAAAAAAAAUUUGCAAUAUUUUCUGUAGACUACAGUCAGUACUAAGCCUUUCUUUUCUGGCCUGCAGUAGUUCCAAGUGAUAAAAA